GUAAUCUGAAAUGUCCUAUGAAAAUUGCCCUGACAAUCUUGUUAUUGAGUAGCACGCCCCAGCAGUGACAUUUCUACCGAUACGUUUUCUUGAAAAACUAUUAUCGGGACUUGACGGACCAGAUCCAGCGCUUUCUGUAUAAUAAGGAAAAAUGUCCUUCUCUGGCUGGGUGUGUGUAGUAACAGGUGCCUCCAGAGGCAUUGGCAGGGGCAUAGCUCUCCAGCUGUCUGAGGCAGGAGCCACUGUCUACAUCACAGGGCGCCAGGAGAAGACUCUGAAACAAACUGCUGCACAGGUUAAGGAGAGGGGUGGCAACUGUGUACCAGUUGUCUGUGAUUCUACAAAAGACAAAGACAUUGAAGACCUUUUUGAACAGAUCAAACGUGAACAGAAUGGCAGGCUGGAUAUCCUCGUUAACAAUGCCUAUGCUGGAGUACAGGAUAUCUUCGAAAACAUGGAGAAGAAGUUCUGGGAAACUGAUCCGUCCAUUUGGGAUUCCAUCAACAAUGCAGGCCUCAGGGGCCACUAUUUCUUCUCAGUUUAUGCAUCCCGGAUGAUGGUGGCUCAAGGUCGGGGUUUGAUAGUCACCAUUUCAUCUUUGGGGGGGCUGAAAUACAUCCUCAAUGUACCAUAUGGUGUUGGUAAAGCUGCAUGUGACAGGCUGGCAGCAGACAUGGCUGUUGAGCUGAAAAGUAGGGGAGUGGUUUCUGUCAGUCUGUGGCCAGGAGCGGUUCGAACAGAGUUGAUGUCUCAGUUCAUUUUCGAGAAAGAAACACCACUGGGUGCAGAUUCCAAGUUUAUAAGAGAUAUGAUUGCCAAUGCAGAAUCUGCAGAAGUGAGUGGGAUGUGCAUUGUCAACCUGGCAACAGAUAAAAAUCUGAUGUCUCUGACUGGGAAAGUACUCCUGACUUGUGACCUGGCAAGGCGCUAUGGGAUACAAGAUGUUGAUGGACGGAGCGUAGCUGAUUACACUUCCAUAAAAUUCCUCCUGACGCAGGUCCCAUACCUCUCCUGGCUGUCGGUUUUUGUCCCUUCGUUCUUACGUGUGCCACGCUUUGUGCUCACCCUGGCUUAUAGCCACUUCUAAACAUUUCCCUUUAUCAGUACUGAAGAGACAGUAUGUUAGCAGUAAAGUAACAUAUACAUAUACAUUACAUAUACACAUCCAUGUGAAACACAACAUAUGAUUAAGUGUAUUCUGUUACAGUUUAAAUUGGUGGUAUUCUGAAUACAGUUACUGUCUUCAAAAAUAGAUUAUUUGAAGGGAUUAUUUUAUUUGUUUUUGUUUUACUUGCUCCAACACCGCUGAGUGAAUGCGACGCAGGCAAGCAUCAGUUUGAUUGCAUUGUUUUUUAGAAGAUAAUUCUAACUGGCCAAGAGUGACGCAGCGCUGCUGUUUUGAGUUGUACUUUGUCGAACAAUCCGUAGCUACUUAUUCCUGUCACUUGCUUUUAAAGCUCUGCAAUGAAUUAGAAACAACUGGUUUGUGAAGUUAAAAAUGAGGAAUUAUCUACACAUCACAUCUUCAUUUCACUAUAUAUACACUAAAAAAUAAGGUGGCAGCUGGCUGGAGGGAUAUUGCCAGGGAGCUGAAAGUUUCUUGUAAAUGACCAUCUCUAAUAACAGGUUACUUGCAUGUUGCGUAUUUUCUGUUUUAAAGUGUAUAAAUAUAGAAAGAUAGCAAGUCCCCUGCCAUCUGUAAGUGGUUACCUUUCCAGUCAAGCACACAGCUGAUAGAUUUGUGGUUUGUUGACAAGACAUAACAAAAGUGCAUAUUUAACAGAUUGAUUGUGGACAGAGAGCACCAAUUGCUUGCUGUUAGGACAUGGUGUAAAAUUCAUAUGAGAUACAGAUUUGGCAUAAAGAUUAAAUAAAGUGUGUGCAAUGCACCUGCCACAUGUCUGGCAGAAGAGAUGCACAGCCAGGGCACUGUCAGGAAUGUGUUUUUUGUCAUAGAAAUAUAAGACCCAGACAAAUGAGCUGAGCAAAAUGAUUUUGAAUUAUUCCAAAAGUAAUCCAAAGUAUUCAGAAUAGGCUAUUUAGUCUCAGUAAUAUAAUGUAAUACAUUACAGAUUACAUUUCAGGGCAAGUAUUUAGUGAUCUGUUGUGGAAUACACUAAAAAGUAACCACACACCCCUUUAUGCAGUAGCAGAAGUGCUGUUGCAUGUAUAUUUACACACACACACACACACACACACACACACAUAUAUAUAUAAAUAUCAGUGUCUGCUCCAGGAGCCCAUUUCUCAUCAUGUUGCCCUGGUUCCCCAACACCUGACGCGGACCCUGUUAUGUUAAUCUAGGAGUCUGCCCCAGUAUGACUUAUGUGUUUGCGGUUUCAUUCAUCCUGAGGUAGACUAGCAGGACCUCGUCUAAGGGUCCAGUCUGGACAUGUGUUACCCCGCCUUUACCCAGAAUCGAACCCUCGAUCUUCCAUGCCAAAGUCAGUAACCUUAACCACUGAGUGCAUGUAUGUAUCUAUGUAUGUGUGUGUGUGUGUGUGUGUGUGUGUGUGUGUGUGUGUGUGCAUAAAUAGAUAGGUAUAGUUCUGUAAACAAAUAGAUGCUUGUAUAUUUCUUUUUACAUAUUUUUGCAUUUGUUUGUUAUAUAUACACAACACUACUUCUACUGCAGUAACAACUGCCAAAAUAACAAAGUGAUGGCAUCUUCAAACUGAUAAAAAGAAAAUGUCUUAAAUAACCAGCGUUGAAUCCCUUGCAGAUGAAUCAUAUCUAUCUUGUUAUUUAGCAUUAACAAUGACUUACAAUUGUUGUCUCUGACCCUGAGGUAUACAGUAUAUUACUAAAAUACAGCUGCCCUGUUUUCAAUGACGGGACAUCAUGUCUGAAGAUGAUAAGAAUUCAACAUGUUGCUCAAGGACCCACAGUAUCACUAUAACACUAUCGAUUGUAUGCUUCCAUCUUGUUUACAGUACAAAAUCUCACAAGCUGUAAGAACAUGGGUAUAUCAGUAUGUCUGAACCUCUCUGGGUCUUUAUGUUGGUGAUACUUUGGAAUCUUUUACAGGGGCAUAGCCAUCAUGUUAUAAAACUGGGUUCAAGCCCCCAGCGCAAUUUAAAAUGCUUUUAACUGUAUGGAUUUUCCAUAUUUUAUAUUUUAUAUGCUCAAUUAACUGCUCGGUUUUAUUUUCUGUAAGUUGUAAUUGAUAACACAAAGGUUUAAAUGCUGUUUCAAAGCCUUCUCUGUACUACCAGCAAAUAAAAAAUAUUCCUGAUGAAA